UAUUUCACGUGCUUUCUAUUAGGCUUUUCGGUCGCGCGCUUCAAUGAAAUCGCCUAAAUAUGCCUGAGGUUGAGGUGACGAGUGAGCCUGUCGCGGUGGAGGUUGAGAAAGUCGUUGAAAAAGAUGAUAAUCCACCUGCAGAAGAAACGGAUGAAGAUAUUGAUCGGGACUUGCCAAAUGGUAAAACGGGAGAGUGUUCAGAAAAUGGAGACGAAGAACUUACCAUCGGUAUCGAAAGUAACUCGGACGAAAAUGUGGUUUGCGACCAAGAACCUCUCGCAACGACUGCUGACGGUAAAAAAUCGGAAGAAGCGAAAGAAGAGCCCGAUCUUUCCAAGGAUGGAGGCGUCGAGCUGCAAAAAGAAACCGACUCCGACAGAGUAGUCGAAGAAGAUUUGUCCCUGGAAAAAUCGGUUGAAAAUGACAGCUCUUCAAAGAGAGUAGAUGAAUUGGACUUGCUACCUGGACCGUUGGAAAGUGUUCCGGAACCGGUGAUUUCGACUGACCCGUCGAGACCUUUAGAAGCAGAAGAAGUCACUGACCUCGAGCCUGUGAAACCCGACGACAAAUUAUUGGAGAACUCGUGCGCGAAUAUCGUUGAAGGUGUAGUCGAUACUUCGAUUGAUUUGGGGGAAGACUGUCUUGAUCCGGGUGGGGACAAAGCGUGUAUCAUAGUCGAAACGAGUGGAACUACUUGCGACGAAGCUGAGAAUGGUUCCAAAAAAGUAGAAGACGAGAUUCUAGUAGACGGAAACGGAUCUGUCGAAAACCCUGAAGCAUUAAGCCAAAAAAUUACGGACCCACCCUCAAAUGUGAUAAAAGAACCCGAGCGUAUGCAAACAAAAGCCGCUGAUGUUGAUCCCUCAGGGGUUGCGGUCAUGUGCGAAAGUAAAGUACUAAUGCCAACGGAAAGCGCUGGUCUCCAGGAAGUUCCCGCUGAAAUAGCGUCAGCAGAACCCAUGGAAGUUGAAAACUCACCUCCUGAGUUGGAAAUAAUUGAGGAGCCAAGAGCAGGGUCCGAAGACGCAGAAUCGUGCAAGGCCACGAACGAAGAGUCAUUAGUUCCGUCGAAUGCCAUCGCCGUGCAAUCGAAUGAUGGAGCGGUGAAUGAAACUGAAAUCAAUGCUGAGAAAUCAGUAGAUCUACCUCGCGAUAAAGACCCCCAACCCCAGUUACCCGCAUCUGCUCCCAGCGAAAAAAUUAAUGCUGAGGUGGAAACAGAUAAAGGCGUGAAAUUGAGAGAGGAAACUCCGCCGGAAAAACAGGAUGAUACAAAUGACGACGACGACGAUGAAAUUCUUGUUGUUGAUGAGACCCAAGAGGUAGGAAGCCCGAAGGUACCUCCUACCACAGAUGGAAAAUCUUCCCCAUCGCCAGAUGUGAAGAUUGUCGAAAUCCGCGCCUCAGAAUCAUCUGCUGCAACUGGGUCAAAACGGCCCGCCUCGUCCAUCGCAGCACCCCCAUCUUCAAAACGUCCGAAAACUGAAGACCUGCCUGAAAGCUUACCAGAUGUGAAAGACACCGACGUCAUCGAACAAAUGUUGUCCUCCGUACGAAAUGAUAUUCAAGCACUUAACGUUCAACUGAAGGAAAAGGAGCGGGAAUGGAACCUGUUGGUUCACAAGAAAAAACAAAUGGAGGAGCAUUACUUGAGACUACGCCGUAAGAAAGACAUUACACUCAUUGAAACCACUGGCGUGUUGCCAACACCGACAGUAUCGGCGCCAUCACCCGCGCCGGUGCACACGAGUGUAGCCGAAGUGAAGAGAACGAAGGUGUCCUCUCCACUGAUAACUUCACUUGCUGUCGUGUCUGCCGCCUCAGCGACCUCGAAGAAAAUGCUGAAUGAUGCGGGUCUGAGCCGUGCGAUGUCGCUCGGGUCUGACUUGUUCAGCGCGAAGUCAAAAGUCAGCGUCGAGUCACUAAUAGCGCAGCACCGAGCUAAAGCACCUCAACCAAUUGCUCCCGCCAUUACGAUACCUUCAAAUCGAAACGUGAUGAGGCGGUGGCCCACUCCUAACUCUAAACAACAGGACGUUGAACUAUUGGGAGAUGGUAGUAAAGCGGCCCAAGACGCACUAUACUCAGUGCAGCAGCACGCUGCAGGAACAGCAGCGAACGUAUACGAAAUGAUGGCUGCGGCAGCAGCAUCUGGUCAAGGGAACCUGCGUGGUCCACCGCCACCGUACCCUCAAAAAACGGUCACUCUUGGACCAGGGUCUCCGCACAUGCAGAAUGCAAUGAGACUGGGAGCGGCUCAUGGGGCUGCUGCAGUGGCAGCAGUGGCUACAGCAGCCUCAAGAAAUGCCUCAGUCACGAUGCAGGCGCGUUCUGGCAAUCAGGACCACGGAAAUGCGAAUCUUUCAUUAUCUUCUCUAUUAGAAAAUUCACAGCGGUCGAAGCCUAAAGAGAAUAAACCUCAGCAGGAUGGACAUCCGACUUGUCACGGGUGCAAGCAGCGAAUGGCACAAUUUGUUUGUGCCGGUUGCAAUUCUCAAUGGUAUUGCUCUCGAGAAUGCCAGAGUCAGUAUGAUGCUUGCUGCAGAGCCAUGCUUCCAUUGAUUGCGCUGAGCAUAGUCAAAGAAAACGUGAAAUUUUAUCAUCUAGAGUUGGCCAGGAUGGUCCUCCCGCAGAAACAACGUGAGGAACUGCACCAAGCUAUUCUAGAAUAUCUGUCAUCUUCUGGGUUCCGAUCAUCUUCGGAUGCUUUUCGCCAAGAAGCAAAUGUGGAACUCGAUGCAGAUCCCGAGAGGCGCUCAGCGGGACUUUUGGAAAAGAAAUGGGUAUCCGUAGUUCGACUUCAGAAAAAGGUGAUGGACCUCGAAGCAAAACUGGCUGAUUAUGAAAAGGAAUACGUGGCUGGGGCGCCAACGAGGGACAAGCGUUCUCCGCAAGAGUGGCUGCCUAGAUCGCCAGAAAAGUUCAUGUUAACGGGCCAUCGAAACCCUAUUACAAGAGUGAUAUUUCACCCUGUUUACACGUUGCUCGUAUCUGCCAGUGAGGAUUGCACCAUUAAAAUUUGGGACUUCGAAACAGGCGAUUUUGAACAGACUUUGCGAGGGCAUACAGACAGCGUGCAAGACAUUGCGCUGGACAACUCCGGCAAAACACUGGUUUCUUGCAGUGCAGACAUGACAGUUAGAAUAUGGGAUUUCGCUAGUUACAACUGCAUAAAAACUCUGCACGGCCAUGACCAUAACGUAUCGUCGGUUGCAUUUCUUCCAAACGGAGAUUACAUUGUUACUGGCUCCCGGGACAAAACUAUCAAGAUGUGGGAGGUUUCCACUGGAUACUGUGUUAAAACUUUCACUGGACAUCGCGAUUGGGUGCGAAUGGUCCGUGUUAAUAGUGAUGGAUCGUUGUUGGCGUCGUGCUCGUGCGAUCAUAGUGUACGCGUGUGGGUGACGGCCACCCGAGAGUGCAAAGUUGAGCUUCGGGAACACGACCAUGUUGUGGAGUGCAUCGCUUGGGCUCCUGAAAUAUCGUAUCAAGCAAUAUGCGAAGGUGGCAGCCAGGAAGAGAAUUCCGGCGACGCAAAAACCGGGAAUUCCCAAAUAUCCUCAUACAGUUACGUUCGAGGUCGAUCGCAUUCAGGGCCGUUUCUGGUAUCCGGAGGUCGUGAUAAAUGCAUCAAGGUUUGGGAUAUCACAGUCGGUCUAUCACUGUUCAGUCUGUUGGGACAUGACAAUUGGGUUCGUGGGAUAGUUUUCCAUCCCGGUGGGAAAUAUCUACUUACUGCUUCCGACGACAAAACAGUUCGCGUUUGGCAUUUGGCCCACAAGCGCUGCACCAAAGUUCACGUGGCACAUGCCCACUUCUGCACUACCUUAGAUAUGCAUAGAAGUAUGCCGAUUGUCAUCACCGGAAGCGUUGACCAGAGUGUGAAGGUGUGGGAAUGUCGCUAGUUUGGAGUGCAUCUUGCUGAACCCAAUCGAAGAAUAAAGUUUGUUGGGGGUUUGUAAUCUUGGUGGCUGAAAACAUGCUGAGGAAAGCGAAAGCUAUUCAUUUCGAACUUGCAGGGAUUCUGAGUUCGCGAUGGACACUUCGCUUUUCACACUGCUGUGUAAGGUCUGCAGUGUGUAAUUUUGAAUCGAGGUCAAGCUGGUGCGCUUUCGGAAUCGCAUAUAAUGCUUAUUUGAGGGGAUUUAUUUUUGAUGAGUGAACGACGUAUUUAUGUAAAACUUCUCGUUGAUUUAUCGUUUUUCCUGACCGGUUGGCUUGAUGUAGACUUCAAGUUCCUCGACGAAUGAGAAUGUCUGCGGUUAAUUUGGUCCAGGAAUUUGGUGGAAGAUGUAACUUCUGUCAAUUUUUUGUCGUGCUUCUAGGGACAUCUUUGAGAAUGAAGGUAAAAAAGGAAACCCGUUGGAUAAUGUGGAGGGAGGGUAUUUCAUUCCAGUCGAAAGCCAAGUUCGCCAAAUACUUAGGUGUUCUGUAUUAGUUUACAACAGUUUCUCUUCUGGCGUAAUUAUUUUGAAGCUAGCCGUAUACACGAACGUGUCGUUCAAUUCAAUAAUGGCUUUCUUUUUAUUUUAAAUUCUUUCGCCCUUUUCGGCCUGGUCUUGGUUAUGUUCAGUUGACGAAGUGUGAACCUUCAAAAUCUGCGGAUGUAGUUGAAUACAUUUCAGGGGUACAGUACCGAGUAUGUUUCGAAAUUCCGCAAGGCAGGCUUUUGCUUACAGUUUUGAGAAACACAAAAGCUGCUUUAAUCACCUGAGAUUUUUCUUGACCUACUCAAUGAUUUCUUCGGUGAAAAAUCCCAUCGUUUCUUAUGUGCCAAGUCUUUUCCACUCUGAGACUGCAGUCAAGUCGAUCGGAUAAGAAUUAAAUUUUUUAUUUCUUAUGAAUGUAAGUUUUUCGCGUAAUUGCGGUUAUAUCCUUCCGGUUUUGUGGAUUUCAGUCCUUCAACCGCAGAAUUUAUCUGUAUAUCAUGUUGCAUUUGUAUGAGCGUCGUUUGCCGAAUGAGUGACUGCGUUUCCGUUACUUUUUGGUCUGUCUGUCGAAGAACCAGAAAGCGUUUGAAUGGGAUAUUCUGACUAGCACCGCUGCUGUGAUGUUGGAGUGACUGUCCAGUAACUAAUCCGCGGUUUUAUGUGAGGCGAGAAGAAGGGCGAGGAUUGGAUGCCGAUCUUUUUUUUUCCGGUGAGCCUGUUAUCGGCCUCUGGAAUUUCUUUUUCCGCUUCACGAAGUAGUUGUUCCGUGUUCGGCCUUGAAGCAUCUCGUUUUGACGAUGUAUAGGAUUCCACUGAUGUGGAAUUUCAGGCUAGUCAUAGUGGUCGAAUCCCGCUUGAAUGUAUUUCCGAUAUCCGCUUGAUCGAGAAAGUUUUAUCUUCGUUACUUGGAUUGCUUAAUUAUGUGUGCUGUCGAGGAUUUUGUUUUCUUCUUCUGUUGAUUAAAACAUUUUUAUAUGCGUCGAUUUUUGGCAGAUUUGCUUUUGUUCACCGUCCGCCCACCUGCCAAGCGUCCGCGUUGUCGCUGUAAACUGGUGGAAUAAAACGAAAGUUCGUUUUAAAACA